GAGAGUAAGAAAUAAAUAAAAACAUAACCAAACUUUGUUGCUAGGUUAGUAGUCGAGAAUUAUUCGUUGUGAAAAGUGCAAACUUAGUUUGAUAUGUCAGAUACCGAAGGAAAAAUCAAAAAUAAGAAGAAUGGAAGUAAAAGCAAAGAAAAAGUUAAAAUUUUCACGAAAAAAAAGAAACAAAAUCAACCAGAGUUGGCCAUUAUAAAAAAACUGCAAUCUAAAUAUGAUACUAUUGAUCCAAAAUCCAUAAGUAAAUUUGGGGAUUUUCCAUUAUCAGCCAAAACUUUGAAAGGACUUCGAGAAUGUGGAUAUCACAAACCAACAGAAAUACAGAAAGAAACAAUAGGCCUGGCUCUACAAGGCAAAGAUAUUUUGGGUGCUGCUCAAACAGGUUCGGGAAAAACUCUAGCAUUCCUUAUUCCUGUUUUAGAGAAGUUAUUCGUCAAACAAUGGACAAAACUUGAUGGAGUAGGUGCACUUGUGAUUACCCCAACGAGAGAAUUGGCUUAUCAAAUUUUUGAAACAUUACGGAAAAUGGGGGAGCAUCACGAUUUUUCUGCUGGGUUAAUUAUUGGUGGCAAAGACUUGAAAUUUGAAAGGAAUAGAAUGGACCAGUGUAAUAUUAUAAUUUGUACUCCUGGAAGGUUAUUGCAGCAUAUGGAUGAAAAUCCUUUAUUUGAUUGUGUGAAUAUGCAAGUCUUAGUACUUGACGAGGCAGAUAGAUGCCUCGACAUGGGUUUUGAGCAAACUAUGAAUGCAAUUAUUGCCAACUUACCCCCAAAACGACAAACUCUAUUAUUUUCAGCUACACAGACUAAAUCUGUCAAAGAUCUUGCACGUCUAAGUUUGAAAGAUCCUUCUUAUGUCAGUGUACAUGAAUAUUCUGAAUUCAGUACCCCCAAGGAAUUAUCACAAAGCUACGUGAUAUGUAAUCUACAUGAUAAAAUAGCUAUAUUGUGGAGUUUUAUUAAAAAUCAUCCCAAGAAGAAGAUCAUGAUAUUUUUUUCUAGCUGUAAGCAAGUCAAAUAUGUUUAUGAAAUUUUCUGCAAAUUGAGACCAGGGAUAAGUUUGAUGGCCUUAUAUGGAACUCUCCAUCAACUUCGCAGGAUGGAAAUAUAUGAAAAUUUCUGUCAAAAACAGUCUGCAGUACUUUUUGCAACAGAUCUAGCAUCGAGAGGAUUGGACUUUCCAGAGGUUCAUUGGGUUGUACAAGCAGACUGUCCUGAAGAUUCUGCAACCUACAUUCAUAGAGUUGGUAGAACUGCUCGUUACCAUCGAGGAGGAGAGAGUUUACUUAUGCUUUUACCAAGUGAAAUAAAAAUGGUAGAAAAGCUAGAAGAACGAAAAAUACCCAUAGAGAAAAUUGAGAUUAAUCCUGUUAAACUCAACAACCCUGUGAGAAAAAUGGAAGCAUUCUUGGCCAAAGAUCCGUCUUUGAAAGAGGCAGCACAAAGAGCAUUUGUUUCAUAUGCCAAAGCUGUUUUCUUGAUGAAGGAUAAAGAAGUAUUUAAUGUACAGUCAUUAGACACCGAUUCCUUUUCAAAGUCUUUAGGAUUAGCGUUUCCACCGAGAAUUCGCUUCUUACAAAGAAUGAAUGCUAAAAUGGAACAGAAGAAUAUGAACAAAGAAAUAAAUAUCAGUAGUGGUUCUAAAAAGUACUUUAGUAUUGAGAGUGAUGAAGAAUAUCAAGAAGACAAAGUACAGGACAAAAAUGAAUCUGAAGACAGUGGAGUUAGUGAAGAAGACAUUUCUCAGACUAAAUCAAAAUCAAAUUUCAAAGUAGACUCAUCCGAUGAGAGCGAUAAUGAUGAUAUUCUCAAAGUUAAAAGGAAGGAUCAUGACAUUGAACUUCCUACAGAAAAGGAAAUGGCUGAUUUAGAUUUAGGUAGGAACAAGGGGAAAAAACCUGUGACCAAGGCAGCUGCUGCCAAAAAGAUCUUGAAAAAGAAAAUUGUAGCUAACAAGAAAAUAGUGUUCAAUGAGGAGGGAGAGGCUGUUAAAGGCAAUAAGGAAAAGAAAUCUGAAUUGGCUAUAGAAUAUGAACAUGAAGAUGAGGGUGGAAUAGAUCUUGAGAAAGCAAAAAUUGUUCUGCGGGAGGAAGAUAAAUUUGAUAAACAGUUGUUUAAAGAUAAAGUUAAAGCUAAGCAUAAAGAGGAGAAACGGAAACUCAAAGAGAAGAAGCGAAAAGAUAAAGAAGAAGCUGAAGAAGAAAAAGAUGACUUUGGAGAAAGUGACUCUGAAAAUGAUCCAGAUUUGUCUUGGUUACCAGAUCCUGAUAAAUUUUAUGGAGAAAAAACAGAGGAGGAGAUAGAAAAUUUACGGAAUGACUUUGAAGGUCAGCACAUGAAGAAAGAAAGAGUUGAUGAUGAAGAAUGUGAAGAAGUUGACACAGUUGGGCGUAAAGAAAAGAAGGGGAAGAAGAGGAAACCAAAGGAAAAAAUUGAUAACCUUGAGACAGUGCUCAAAAAGAAGAAAAAACAUAAAAUAGAUCAAAUAAGUUCAUCUCUUGAUGUGAAUGAAGCAGAAGAACUUGCUUUGAUGUUAUUAAAAAAUAAGUAAAACAUAA